AUGAAGACCAUUCUCAGCAAUCAGACUGUCGACAUUCCAGAAAAUGUCAAUAUUACUCUAAAGGGAUGCACAGUUAUUGUGAAGGGCCCCAGAGGAACCCUGCAGAGGGACUUCAAUCACAUCAACGUAGAACUCAGUCUUCUCGGAAAGAAAAAAAAGAGGCCCCGGGUUGACAAAUGGUGGGGUAACAGAAAGGAGAUGGCCACCGUUUGGACUAUUUGUAGUUAUGCACAGAACAUCAUCAAGGGUGUCACACUGGGCUUCCGUUACAAGAUGAGGUCUGUGUAUGUGCACUUCCCCAUCAACAUCAUUAUCCAGGAGAAUUGGUCUUCUGUUGAAAUCCGAAAUUUCUUGGGUGAAAAAUACAUCUGCAGGGUUUGGAUGAGGCCAGGUGUUCCUUGUUCAGUAUCUCAAACUCAGAAAGAUGAAUUAAUCCUUGAAGGAAAUGACAUUGAGCUUGUUUCAAAUUCAGCGGCUUUGAUUCAGCAAGCCACAAGGUUAAAAACAAGGAUAUCAGGAAAUUUUUGGAUGGUAUCUAUGUCUGAAAAAACCAACCAUUCAGGAGGCUGA